GUUACUUUGAGGAGCGAACAGUCGGUAGAGGGUGACAAAAUAUGCAGGGCAACAAAACCUUUAACUUGGAGAAGCCAAACCGUGCUUCAAGAAGGCAUCAGCAACAGCAGCCGCCGCCGCCGCCGCCACCAGAAGUACCUGCCAAUAGACAAGAAGCCAGCAGCCAACAUGAAGGCUUCACUAUUGACCUGAAGCAUUUUAGGAAACCAGGAGAGAAGACCUUCACCCAACGCAGCCGGCUCUUUGUGGGCAAUCUUCCGCCUGACGUCACUGAGGAGGAAAUGAGGAAGCUGUUUGAGAAAUACGGAAAGGCAGGCGAAGUCUUCAUUCAUAAAGAUAAGGGCUUUGGCUUUAUCUGCUUGGCAACACGAACCCUGGCGGAGAUUGCCAAAGUCGAGCUGGACAACACGCUCCUCCGUGGAAGGCAUCUGCGGGUGCGCUGUGCCUGCCACAGUGCAUCCCUCUCAGUCCGAAACCUGCCUCAGCAUGUGUCCAACGAACUGCUGGAGGAAGCUUUCUCUGCAUUCGGCCGGGUGGAGAGGGCCGUGGUCAUUGUGGACGACCGAGGGAGGCCCUCGGGAAGAGGCAUUGUUGAAUUCUCAGGGAAGCCAGCCGCUCAGAAAGCUCUGGACAGAUGCCGUGAAGGCUCCUUCCUGCUGACCGCAUUUCCUCGGCCCGUGACCGUGGAGCUCAUGGACCGGUUAGACGAUGAAGAAGGACUUCCAGAGAAGCUGCUUACAAAGAACCAGCAGUUUCACAAGGAGAGGGAGCAGCCACCUAGAUUUGCACAGCCUGGCUCCUUUGAGUACGCCUAUGCCAUGCGCUGGAAGGCGCUCUUGGAGAUGGAGAAACGGCAGCAGGACCAAGUGGACCGCAACAUCAGGGAAGCUCGUGAGAAGCUGGCGAUGGAGAUGGAGGCUGCUCGCCAGGAUCACCAGGUCAUGCUCAUGAGGCAGGACUUGAUGAGGCGCCAAGAAGAACUCCGAAGGAUGGAGGAGCUGCACAGCCAAGAAGUGCGAAAACGAAAGCACCUGGAGCUGAGGCAGGAGGAAGAGCGCAGGUGUCUAGAGGAAGAGAUGAGGCGACAGCAGGAAGAAAUGAUGCUGCGACAGCAGGAAGUAUUCAAGGGAACCUUCCCUGAGGCGAGAGAGCAGGAGAUGCGGAUGGGCCAGGUGGCUAUGGGAGGUGCUAUGGGCAUAAACACCCGAGGUGCCAUGCCCCCUGCUCCUGUGCCUGCUGGUACCCCAGCUCCUCCAGGACCUGCCACUAUGAUGCCAGAUGGAACCUUGGGAUUGAUCUCACCAACUACCGAACUCUUUGGCCAUGCUGCUACAAUGGAAGGAAUCGGGGCGAUCGGUGGAACCCUUCCUGCAUUCAACCAUGCAGCUCCUGGAGCUGAUUUUGCUCCAAACAAAGGUCGCAGAUACUAA